CUUUACCCAGAUGUCUUGGACAGCAUGGCAAGGUUCAGCAUCCAAGGAGUUUUCAACUACAGCAUGCUGACCCUGUCUGACCACGAGAGGGUUUUGUACGUUGGAGCGCGAGAGGCUUUGUUUGCCCUGGACCCCAACGAUAUCAGCCGACAGCUACGUCCACAGAUCGACUGGCCGGCCCCCCAGGAUAAGAAGAGGGAGUGUGUCGACAAAGGGAAGAACAACCAG